AUGGAUCGACUAUUUGGCUGUUUUGGAAAGAGAUCUAAAAACUAUGUUGUGGAAGCAGAUCAGAGGAGGCAGACACACGACUCUCAGAGGAGUGGGUCUUUCCCAGACGCUCCUGCUGCCAAGAAGAAGGGCCCAAAGAUCCCGUGGUGGCGUCGGCUCUUUGGCCGCCUUCGGGGAAAGAAGUUUGGGAAGGUUGCACCAGCUGCUGAAGAAGAGACACCACAGGAACAGAACAACUCUCCUCCUGACCAGGUAGAGCAGGUGACCAGCACAGAGGACAACAAUGAUCCUCCAGCUGAGCCCAAGACGGAGAUCAUCUCCACUGUGAAGCCCGUCAACUUUACAAGUCUUGGGUUCCCCAACCCUGCCAACUUCUGCUACAUCAACUCCAGCCUGCAGAGCCUCCUGACGCUGGAGGACUUCGUUACAGCCAUCAGCUCUCAGGAGCAGGUGUGGAGUUUGCUCCCUGAGGCUGAACUCAUGAGAUUAUUCAUGGACAUCAAAGCGUCUCACUUUUCCAGUGAUUUGACCCACAAAUUUAUCCUCACCAUUAAGUUCAAGGAGGCGGCCUCUGUCUGGAGCCCGGAGUUCGAGGAUUUCGAACAGAAAGACGCUCAUGAGUUCCUCAUUUCCGUGCUGGACCAGAUACGAUCUCUGGGCGUGGAGCUUCGGGUGAUGGCGGCCACAAUGGACAUGAGCUACAGGUGUCCAGUGGAGGAUCAGCUGCUGUUUAAGAUGCAGAAGACCAGGACCUGCAAGAGCUGUGGAGAAGAAUCCAUCAGACAGGAGGAGUUCACUAACCUGUCCCUCGACCUGUUACCUGAAGGAGGGACGGUGAUGGGCAUGCUCGAGGACUACCAGAAGGAGGAGAAGCUGGAGUAUCGGUGCGAGUGUGGAGGCACCACAUCAGGCCAGCGCUCAGCAUUCGUGAACCUGCCUAAGGUGCUCGUCUUACACCUGAAGCGCUUCAAGUACACCGACAACUUCGAGCUCCAAAAGGUCCACUGCCCCGUCUUCCUCUGCAGAGACCUCGUGGUCUCCUCUCAACAAGGUGGCUGCUGCUUGAGUCUGGUCAGCAUCAUCAGUCAUGUCGGCUCCGGGACAGAACAAGGACACUACAUCUCUCAUGGGCUGGAUCUGGACGUCGGACCGAUCGACUCGAAUGACCGCUGGUUCACCUACAAUGAUGCUCAGGUCACCGAAACAACUGGUGCCUCUGUAUCUGGACUGAACUCUGCAGGACUCGAGGUCAGAGGAUCAACCCCGGGAUGUGAUAAGGUAGGUAUGGUUUCCCCCUGUCUUAUCUUUUACAGGUCUGAGAUGGCCCACCAGCACACCCAUCAGAGGAUGGAUGAAGACCACCUCCAUCAGCGGAAGGAUGAAGACCACCUCCAGCAGAGGAAGGAUGAAGACCACCUCCAGCAGAGGAUGGAUGAAGACCACCUCCAUCAGCGGAAGGAUGAAGACCACCUCCAGCAGAGGAAGGAUGAAGAGCCUGUCCGUUGACAGGAGCACCAGCAGGUCCCCCAGCCCUCAGGAGGAUGGGCCACCCCAGAGAGUCCGGUUCCUCCCAAGGUUUCUUCGUAAAGCGGAGUUUUUCCUUGCCACAGUCGCCACUUGGCUUGCUCUCUGGAAAAGACAUUGAUAAAAAAAUAUAUAUAAAUAUCAGAUGAGUGUAUUUGCAUCAAAAUGCAAUGUUCUUGUACCUGCAGACUCUUUUUGCACCAAAUUAUCCAUAAUAAAUGAAAUGGAUCAAAGGUU